UACAUCUCUACCUUUUCCUCAUACAUAUUCAUUUCUCUCCUUAAGCAGUUCAUCAAGAUUCAGCAUCUAUGAUAGAACCAAAACCAAGGUAUGCUGUUGUUACUGGGGCAAACAAAGGGAUAGGGUUAGAGACUGUUAAGCAGUUGGCCUCAAAUGGAGUGAAGGUGGUGCUCACUGCCAGAGAUGAGAAAAAAGGCCAUGAAGCCAUUGAGAUAUUGAAAGAAUGUGGUGUCUCUGAGUUGGUGGUUUUUCACCAGCUUGAUGUCACUCACUCUGCUACUAUUCAUUCACUGGUGGAGUUUCUCAAGACACAGUUUGGGAGGCUUGAUAUCUUGGUGAACAAUGCAGGAAUCAGUGGUGUCAAUCCAUAUGAAAUGCAAGGGUCAACAAUUAACUGGAGGGAACUUACUCAAACUUCUGAAAUGGCAGAAAAGUGUCUAAGAACAAACUACUAUGGUGCAAAGGAAACAACUGAUGCAUUUCUUCCCCUUUUGAAACUAUCCAACUCACCUAGGAUUGUUAAUGUUUCCUCCCAAGCAGGGUUGUUAAAGGGGAUAGCAAACAAAAUGGCUAAAGGGGUGUUUGAUGAUGCUGAAAAUCUUACAGAAGAUAGAAUAGAUGAGGUAUUGAAGGAGUUUAUGAAAGACUUUGAAGAAGGUUCAUUCAGAAACAAAGGUUGGCCAACCUUUUUAUCUGCCUAUAUGGUCUCAAAAGCAGCCAUGAAUUCAUAUACAAGAAUUCUAGCAAGGAAAUAUCCAAACUUUUGCAUCAAUUGUGUGUGUCCUGGUUUUGUGAAAACAGACAUAAACAGAAACACUGGUUUCUUAUCAGUUGAGGAAGGUGCUGCUAGUGUUGUGAGAUUAGCAUUGCUUCCCAAUGGUUCCCCUUCUGGCCUCUUCUAUAGUAGGGAAGAAAUACUACAAAACAAACUCCUACACUUCAUUAUAUUUGUCACCUGGUUUUGGAGAAAACCACUAACAUUAUUAACACAUCCAUUGAGUUUCAGCUUUUCUAUGGCAGAGCCAAAACUAAGGUAUGCUGUUGUAACUGGAGGAAAUAAAGGGAUAGGGUUUGAGACUGUUAAACAGUUGGCCUCAAAUGGAGUGAAGGUGGUGCUCACUGCCAGAGAUGAGAGCAGAGGCCAAGAAGCCAUUGGGAAAUUGAAAGAGUAUGGUCUCUCUGAUUUGGUGACUUUUCACCAGCUUGAUGUCACUCACUCUGCUAGUAUUCAUUCUCUAGUAGAAUUUGUUAAGACACAGUUUGGAAAACUUGAUAUUUUGGUGAACAAUGCAGCAAUAAGUGGUAUCAAUCUGGAUGGAGUGGAGGAGGGAUCAGCAUUUAACUGGGAGGAACACGAUCAAACUUAUGAGAUGGUUGAAGAGUGCCUAACAACAAACUACUAUGGUGCAAAGAAAGUAACUGAGGAAUUUAUUCCCCUUCUGCAAUUAUCCAACUCUCCUAGGAUUGUGAAUGUUUCCUCCCAAGCAGGAUUGUUAAAGAACAUAGUAAACGAAUGGGCUAAAGGGGUGCUUAAUGAUGCUGAAAAUCUUACAGAAGAGAAAAUAGACGAGGUGCUCAAAGAGUUUACCAAAGACUUCAAAGAAGAUUCCUUAGAAACUAAAGGCUGGCCAACCUUCUGGUCUGCCUAUAAGGUCUCAAAAGUAGCCAUGAAUUCAUACACGAGGAUUCUAGCAAAGAAGCAUCAAAACAUGAUUAUUAACAGUCUGUGCCCCGGUUUUGUGAAAACAGACAUCAACAAAAACUGUGGCAUCUUAUCAGUUGAUGAAGGUGCUACUAGUGUUGUGAGAUUGGCACUUUUUCCUGAUGGUUCCCCUUCUGGCCUUUUCUAUGUUAGGCAAGAAUUGUCCAACUUUUAAAUUUGCAUUCCUGCAGUUACAAUAAUACAAUGCAAUGAACAAAGUGCAUCUUGCUUA